AAUUUUUUGUGAACCUGGCGAUUCCCAAGAAAAGAAAAAAGCUUUAGGCAUUUCAUUGCAAAAGAAGUGGAAAGGAUUGCGUGAUGGCUUUGUUAGAGAAAUGAAGAAGAUGAAAACCACACCGUCUGGAUCAGGAGCCUCCAGCAAAGCCAAAUAUAUUUAUUUUGAACGUUUGAUGUUCCUCGAACGAUCGACACGGAAUAAAGCUACUGAAAGCAAUAUCAACACCACGUCUGUAACAGCUGAAGAACAAGAAUUUUCUGGCGAUGGGGAAGAUGUAAUGAGACCUCCGCUUAGUCAGGUGAAAAAGAAAAAAAAGCUGAACGCAGCUGAUGAAGAAUUUCUCGCCAUCAUAAACAAAAAUUUAACAUCUAGAAAUCAGCCACAGACAUCAAACCAAAUGGAGUCAGAUGAUGACAAAUUAUUCUGCAUGUCAUUACACAAGGAGCUUAUUAAAAUACCAGAGGAAACAGACUUCAAACAAAAAUUGAAUUAA